CAUAUAUAUCACGGUUCUUCCACAAUCCUUAGAUUUAUUUAAACGUCUAUUAUUUUCACCAUAAAUAAGCCGCUUUUCACAUUUCAUUUCCAUUGCGUCAUCAGCUCAUUCGGUAAUUCUGAGAAAGUAUUUAUAUCGACCAUUUACGUUAGCGAGCAACUAUGAAUGAACGAGGGCCUAACUUACCGUAAACAUUGUGCUUACUAUAGUAUUACAAAAUUAGAAAGAAAAUUCGAAGAUCCUUGAAAAAGGAAAGACUAUAUAUCGAAUAAAUCAUUAAUCGUUGUGACCAACGAAGAACAACUAAAGAAUAUUUGUAAGUGAACAUAUCGAAAAAAACAUAAUAAGGAAGAAUCAGAAAUUCGAAGAACGUAGCUAACAGUGAAAGAAGCAAUCUGCACAUCAUCCUGAAUCAAUAAAACGACAAGUGAAGAAAAUCGUUCGCCUCGCAAAGUAUUCUUACAAACCUUGUCACGAGGUGACUUCGAGUAAAGUCGUUUAAAAUCGUGUGCUAUUUACUUUUGAAUAAAAUUGAUUCGUUGAUAUACGAUUAGGAAAUAUUUGUCAUACAAUAAGUAUACACAUCAUGUUUUGGAGAACGUCUAAUGUGGCAACGAACUCAAAGUGUAUUCAAAUAUCAGCUACGAUCAGUGCUUUACCACGUGUAAGAAGAUCAGCAAGUUCUAUUGUUACUUGGACGAACGUAACAAACGCGUACGUUCACAGAAACGUCAGUUUCGAGAUAUCGCCUGAAUUGGAAGAAGAAUCCUUGGAAGCUUGUAGUUCGGUGUACUUUCUGCUUGAAUUGUUCCACAUGUACUACAUUCCGGCCAUUAUCCUUUUGGGACUGGUUGGAAAUCUUUUGUCAUGCGUCGUCUUUCUGAAUACCCAUCUAAAAAUGCGAAGCUCGAGUUAUUAUUUAGCUGCAUUGGCCACGGCUGAUUUUGGAUUUUUGGUCUCCCUUCUUCUGGUUUGGCUCAAUAACACCGUUGGAUGGAUGGUAUUUAACAAAGACGGCUGGUGCGAGACCUUGGUCUACGUCAGUGCUGUUUGUAGCUCUCUCAGCGUUUGGCUGAUCGUCGCCUUCACCGUAGAAAGAUUCAUAGCCGUGCAAUACCCAUUGCAUCGACCUCACAUGUGUACGAUAGCACGGGCAAAGGCUAUCGUCUUGAUAUUAGUUAUACUUGCUCUCGCAAGUCAUUCUUACGCUUUUGUUACCGCCGGCGUCGUGAAGGUUCACGAUGGUUAUGAAUUAUGCGAUCUCAAGAUAGAAUAUCUUGAGACUAUGAGGAUCAUCAGUAUCAUCGAUAGCAUAGCCAGUUUGAUAGCACCUCUUGUACUUAUCAUUAUUAUGAAUACAAUGAUAAUGAGAAAUCUUCUUAGAUUCACUAGAAGAUUCAAACAAGCACCGAGCGUAUCCACCACCUGUCCAAGCAGAGAGAGAUCCGAAAUUAAUCUAAACCAAAUUCCGAGUGCUAGUAGCAGUCACAAUGGUGCCGGAGGUAUUAAUAUGGGUACCAUCAUUGGAGGACGUAGGCCACCCUCUCAACAAUCUUUUCAUUCUUCGAAGACCAACCAUUCUCAAAAUUCAAGGCAUCAGCCUACAUCGAUCGCAGUACCACCAUCUACACCAAGAAAUGCUUGCCAACUACCCGAAAUAGCGGCUCGAUGUAUACAUGUACGAUCAUCUUCACGGAAUCUCGUAUCAACUAGAAAUCAACAGAGUAUUACAAAAAUGCUCUUAUUGAUUAGUACUGUUUUUAUUAUUCUCAAUUCUCCGAGCUACGUGAUACGCUUAUGUGUCUUUUUCUUCACUCUUGCACGAAGAGAUACACCCGCUCUGCUCUGGUGUCUUCAACAGUUCUUCAUGCUUCUUUACUACACUAACUUCAGUAUCAAUUUUCUUCUUUACGCCAUGUGUGGUAUCACGUUUCGACGCUGUCUGGAACAACUGUUGCGUAAAGUUUUAAAAAGCAUGACCAGGUAUCAUUGUAAUCCUCAAAGAUACAUAUAGCUAUUCCGUCAUCAUCGAUCUGGAAGAAGUCGGACAGAAACAAUCAUUAUGAUGAACGUUAGAGAACCGGCUAAUUCAUAGAUGAUAGUUGAAAUGAGAUCAUCAACGCCCUAAUCAGGGUAACAUCUACAAAUUUGCUCAAUUUAUCAAAGACUGAAAAAGAAGAAUAAAAUGUUUGACCAUAAUUCAUAAUCAAUAUCAAAACCUCUCGAUGGUUUCUUGAGUUUAUUGACGCUCCACAAAUGGAUAGCCAUGACAACUGCAGAAAUAAUAGACAUUAAUGAAAUUAUUUCUAUCGUAACGUUCAAUAUCCAACGUCUAUUCACGGUUCAAAUUAAUGUCGAGGGACACAUCUGGUACUUGAAUUGCAAUGUCAUUGAUAUGGGAUAUCAGGGGUGUUGUCGAGUGGUAACAGGGUAGUGAUAUGCGCAACAUUAUUACUAUCUCUGUGUACAUGCUGAUCGAUAGUUACUUAAAGAUAAAGCUACUCGUCUCGUUGCAACGGCUUAUGAUAAACAAGAUUAUUUGAGUAUACUUUAUAAGAUUAUAUGGAAUAUAGAUGAAAUAUACACAGCGAGGACAUUAAUAAUCAUGAUAACAUUGAAUCUCGCAGAACUCUGUUUUUAAUUUUAUUUUAACGUUAAUAUCCCUCGAUGAUGUAUCCCUCGAUUGUCAAGGCUAAAACAAUAUUUUAUAUCGAAACAUUAUUUAUUUAUACUUACAUUAUACCAUUACUCUGUAUCAAUAUAUUAUACGUAAUAAUUGUAUUCGAAUCGAGAAAAAUAUUCUUCACGAAUGUAUCGUUAUCUAAACAUCAUAUCCAAAGCUUAUUGUUAGCAAAAGGAAAUAAGAAGAGAUUAACAUCAUUUUUUUCAACAUUAUUGCCAACUUUUACGUAGAUACGACGAUGAAGAUAUGAAAUUUAUAGGCGACAUCUGAAAGUCCAGAAUUUUGUGUUGCACUUAAAACGUAGGGGAUAUAGCGUUUGAUAGGCCGUAUAAAAUUUUAUUAAACCUCUUCGAAAUUUGUUAUUACACGUAUCCCACGAUGAUUUUAAUUGAUAUAGGAAUUCUUCUAAAAAUAAAAAAGAGAAGUGAUAAACUUACUUUUCUCAUUUUUUUCAUCGCUUUUGCACAGUAUUUGUUUAAACUAGGUAAAUUAUACUCACGUGAAAGUUGGCUAAAUAUUGGUGGUCUCUACUGAUGUUAAUUAAUUUCGCAAAAUCAUAAUUAUGAAGUUAACGAUUAAAUCAUGAAUAUGAAAAAAAGAAACAAAACUUAAUUUAUAAUAUUCACGUUUGAAUUUUUAAUUGAGCAAUUAUUAUCUCAACAGUUCUACUUUCCUUCGAAAGCUUUUAAUAUAUGCAUUUAAUAAAUGCAUACCAAUAUUUGUACAAGCAUGAAUCCUUCUAAAGCAUAUAAUCUGCAAAAAUAUUUAAUGUUUACCAUUAUUAAAAAAAGAACGCUAAUAUUAAAAGGCAAAGUAAAUAAUAUCGUGAGAAAUAAUGGAAGUGAAAUAAUCACGUACCUGUUCUGACAUCCUCGAAUCGAGAAAAAAAUGCGUAUCGUUUUUAUCAAUAAUUGAAAACAACAAACAAAGACAACGUUUUGACUUAUUAAAUGUUUCUAUGUGAUGUAAUACGUAGGAUUCCUCGCAAAUACUGUGUAAAUAGGUUUAUCUUAAAUAUUAUAAAAUAAAUCUAUCUAAUCCAUUCCUGUAAAUGUGUACAUAUAAAAAACGAUAUAUAUGUAUAAAUAAAAAAAUCUAAUGGGAUCGAUUUACAGAUUUACGUACAGUCGAUAGAAUUUUUAUAUAUUCAUAGGACGCACAUAAUGCUAUUAUAUAAUUAUUUAUUAUAUUAACAAUUAAUUUAUUAAAUUAAAAUGUGGUAUAUCUGACGAGUAUAUGAUUUAAUAUUUUGUUAAAGAAAAAUAAUAUAUCUACUUUUUAAUACCUGGAACAUAUAAAUUAACACAUGAACAUGAAGAUAUAUAUUUUACGUACUAAUAUUUUAUGUAAAUCGAUUUCAAUAAAAAUAUAAACUACAUCUUAAAUGUCAGAAAGUGUAAUAGCAGCUUCUUAUUGAUAAAAGAAUCCAAUCAGAAGUAUCAUUUUACUGUCGUAUCUAUUUACAUAGUAUGUACAUGUGUAUGCAAAAUAAUUCUAGUAAGAAAAUUUGCUUGAUUCUUAUAAUAAAAUUAUUAUAUACAUUUGCAAAUUAAAAGAAUUUACUGGAUAUAAGCUGUACGAUAUAGUACAACACUGCUUCUUUUAUUUAUUUUCUUAUAGUUAUUUCUAUAAGUUAUUCUUUAAGUUACCUUAUAAUGUGAAUACGAAAACACACAUACGUAUACAACUAAAUAAAUUGUAUACCUCGAUUAACCUUAAAGAUGUACAUUUUAUAUACUUUUUUUUUUCAUUAAUUUAUUAUUUAUUUGUAUAAAUAAAUUAAUGUUAUUUU